AUGGUGGCUCUCGAAGACUCGUUCAUCUCUGAUGAGGAGGUGGAGUACUGCCCAUUAUGCGUGGAAGAAAUGGACAUUUCAGACAAAAACUUCAGACCAUGCCCUUGUGGAUACCAAAUCUGUCAGUUCUGUUAUAACAACAUUCGCCAGAACCCAGAGCUAAACGGAAGAUGUCCAGGCUGUCGUAGGCUCUAUGAUGAUGAAAGUGUCGAGUACAAGACCUUGACAGCAGAGGAAUACAAGAUGCAGCAGCUCAAAAGAGAGAAGAGAGAGCGUGAGAAAAAGCAGAGAGAGAAAGAAAAGAAGGAGCUGGAAAUCGCGUCGAAGAAGCACUUGGCUGGGCUCCGUGUUGUUCAGAAAAAUUUGGUCUACGUGACCGGGUUGAGUCCUCCGUGUGCACCAGAAGACUUGCAUUCUGUGUUACGCUCUGACAAAUACUUUGGUCAAUACGGCAAGAUCACGAAGAUUGUCAUCAAUAAGAAAACUCCUGGCGGUGGUGGUAACGUACCUGUUACUUCUUCAGGCACAUCAGGGUCACAGAGCAUAGUAGUCUACGUGACCUUUGCCCGAAAGGAAGACGCAUCCAGGUGUAUUGCAGAACUCGAUGGCUCCUUAUGCGAUGGCAGAGUCCUUAGAGCUGCUCAUGGAACCACGAAGUAUUGCCUGUCGUACCUUAGAGGCCAUCCAUGCGCAAAUCCAAAUUGCAUGUUUUUGCAUGAACCGGGUGAGGAGGCAGAUCUGUACACGAGAAAGGAUUUGCUGACACAACAAGGAAUCAAGAUGGGCAUGAGUGGUUCCCGUGGAGGUCAUCAUCACCACGCGGAUGACGAGGGAAACGAAAAUGACGACCAUCACAACCAUCCCAACAGUCAUCACCAAGCAUUUCAAUCUAGCACCACUCCAAACUUGGCUCACACAGCUACAUCCUCAUCAGGAGUGGCUCCUUCUACAGGUCUUGCAGCUGCUGGCUCUAAUGCCACCUUGCCAGUCACAGCUCAUUGGGCAAAAGCUCUGGGGACAGAAUCUGCACAUGCUUCACCUCAGGUUAAUAACAACGCACCAAUGACUAAUACAGCAGCAUUCCCAUCGUUAGGUGAGAUUUUUAAGGAGCAAAAGCAAAAGAAAGAUGUCAAGCAGAAGUCAAAGGGCAAGUCAAACAAAGAUGGUCAACUUUUGCCGGACGAUGUGGAUAUCGAUGACAACACGGCAGUUUCAUUUGCUGAAGACACAGCAGAGAGAUUGAAGCAACUUGCUUCAUCGAAUCAAAAAUUGAAAGUGCACUUUGACGACUUGACAGAAAAGUCGAAUCUUUUGCCACUUUUCCAUUUUAAUGAAUCUUACGCAAACAAUUCUUGCACAGUUGAAGAGGAGAAGAUUCUUUGUCGUCUGAUCAUCGAGCAAUUUUUGUUAAGGCCAAUCAAGAAGUAUCAUUUGGCUUACCAAAAUCAUCCAAUCAGUCAGCAACAACAAUAUUUGCAUCAACAAGCUCAAUUACAGCAGCAGGCUCAAGUUGCUCAACAGCAAGGACAAACUCCAAACUUCAACCCAUCUCGCUUGCACCAGGCAGACCAACACUUGCAGCAGCAGGUUUCAGGGCAAGCCUCACAGCCGAAUUUACAGACUCAAGUGCUGCAAGUUUCUGAUCCGGUCUUGCAUCAGCAACAACAAUUACUCUUAUUACAACAACUUCAACAGCAGGCUGUGCAGCAAGGUAAGCAGCAGCAGCAGACUCCUUCACAGCUUUCUGCUCAACUCAAUCAGUUGAGAAUGAGCGAAAGAAGUAGAACUUCCACUCCACCACCCCCGGGUUUGUUUGGUAAAUCUCAAGUUGAAGGCUCUCAGCACCCCAACUCAGCGGCAAGUCAGUCAUCUAGUUCCCAAUUGUUGACGCAGUUAAUGAGUGGGAAGAAAUAG